ACUUGAUCGAACACAACACAAACACGGAAAGAACAAAACAAGGUUCUCUCAGAGGUGUAGGAAGAUAAAUCGCUGAUAAAUGGUACUCUGUUUUGAUUCUAAACCCGGGAUCUAGGAAAAAGGCUGGAAAAACGGUGUACACAGGCGAUGAAUAACUUCGUGUGCUGUUCUUGCUGCGCAUAUUCGCGUGUUAGAAACUUUCGUAGCUGGUUACGACCGGUGGUGUUUUCUUUGUACUUUUUGAUUCUCUGUGUUGCACUUCCACUUACUGUUUGGGAACUGCAUAAAAACAGAGCUCAGACUCACGUGCAAGCAUGGUUCACAGCAGGAUGUUUUGUUUUCCUGACAAUUCCUAUUUCCCUGUGGGGAAUUCUCCAACAUUUAGUGAAUUACACAAAACCUGAGUUACAGAGGCGGAUUGUAAGAAUUCUUUGGAUGGUACCAAUUUAUGCAACAGAUAGUUGGCUUGCUCUUCGUUUUCCCAAGGCUGCUAUAUACUUGGAUUCUCUACGAGAGUGCUACGAGGCUUAUGUGAUUUAUAAUUUUAUGACAUUUUUGCUGGCUUACCUCACGGUUGAAUAUGACUUUGAAGUGGUUUUGUCUGGCAAACAUCAAGUACAACAUUUCUUUCCUUGUUGUUCCUUGCCGCCAUGGAGGAUGGGCAAAACUAUAAUCGACAGGUGUAAACAAGGCGUGUUGUCUUAUACAGUUGUCAGGAUCAUAACCACUUUCAUUGCUUUCUGCACAGAACUAGCUGGGAAAUAUGAUGAAGGAAAUUUGAGCUUCAAAACAGCAUGGACUUAUAUAGUGGUGAUAAAUAACUGCUCACAAGUGUGGGCAUUGUAUUGCUUGGUUUUGUUUUACAAGGCUGCUUAUGAUGAACUUAAACCCUUAAACCCCUUCGGAAAGUUUCUGUGCAUUAAACUUGUUGUGUUUGCAUCAUUCUGGCAGGGAGUCUUGAUAGCUGUCCUUGUAAAGGUUGGAGUUAUAUCAGAGAAACAUACUUGGGUGUUUUACACUGUGGAGGAUGUUGCCAAUGGCAUUCAGAAUUUCCUGGUGUGCAUUGAGAUGUUCAUCUUUGCCAUCGCUCACUACUACGUGUUCUCACACAAGCCGUACGUGGAUCCCUCUUCACCCCCUCCUCCUUGUUGUGCGUCAUUUGUCUCCAUGUGGGACGUGUCAGACGUGCGUGACGAUAUCGUGCAGCACGUGCAGAGCGUGGGACAUACCGUGAGAGGGACAGUCGUGCGAAACAAACGUGAUACAGCCACACCAAUGGGAAAGACAAAGAAGACUGAGGCAACUCCUCUGCUGACAAGAGAUACCACAGGAGAUUCCUCGUCCGAUGACGAGCCAGUCAUUCCGUAAAGUCACUCGUCUUGCACACAAUUGAAUUUCAAGGGUUUGUCGUCAUAGUGGAAGAGUUCAGUCAAGUAGACACGAGACUAGUCUGCGUAGCAGGCGUAACACGGGGGAGAGAAGGAGGGAGAGCGAGAGCGGGGAGCGAGGGAGACGGUGUAGGAGAGAGGGAAAAAGGCCUGCCUUCCUUCCCCUUCUUCGCCUCUUUUUGCUUCCCUACCCCUUCCCCGUUUACGCCUGCAAUGCAGGCUAAGACGAGACAAGUUUCAGAAAAAGUCACGGAUAGCACGUGUCUCUAGCUUGCUGAGGUGCCCCGGAUAAUAGAUCUGUCGUUUGUACAUAUUUCUUAGUGUUCUCCCUGACCAAAGAAAAUUUGCCAGAGAAACAAAACUGUGAACUACAAAGAGAUUCAAUACACACAACUGGACUGGAAAGACGAAGCCUUUAUAAAUAUGGACAGAUGUACUACCUUGUACGGAGAGGAUUAAGUUAAGUUAAGUUAAUAAAGACAAAACACUGAGUCUUAAAAUCAGAGUAAACCACUUAA